AGCGACGCCGUGGAAGUCUUGUUAAGGGACACUAUCUUCCCCAGCGCGCUUUGGUUUCGAACCUAAAAACAUCUAAAUUUACGUUGGAAAAUUCCUGUGUGUUAUUAAACUUCAAGUUCUCUCCUUUCGAUCAUCAUGGAGGUGGGGGAGUCGUCUUGCGCAAAGUCAAAACCCUCUUCGGAAAUCUGGGCUAAGCUUGUAUCCUUGGAUUCAAGAUAUGAAGAUGUCGAGAUUAGCUCAAACGAAGUUGUGAUAAAUUCAGAAACCAAAAGCUCUUCUCAUGAAAAGCACGACUGGUGCAAAAUAACAAGGAAUCCAGAUCAAUUUUCUGCCACAAUGCAAAACAAGAGUUCAAAUGUAAUAUUGGUCAAUGAUGUUGUUGUCCAAAGUGAAGAUGUUGUUGACAUCAAAUGUGGAGCUGAAGUAAUUGCAGGGCCUAAUAAAGAAGGAUAUUUGAGCUACAAAUUCAAAGUAAUGUGCAACCAAGAAUCCAGCAAGCAGAACUUAAAGAUAAGUAUAGAUAUUGAGCAUGCAAAAUGCAGCAUCUGCUUGAAUAUAUGGCAUGAUGUUGUUACCAUUGCCCCUUGUCUUCAUAGCUUCUGCAAUGGAUGCUUCUCGGAGUGGUUAAAGAGAUCACAGAAGAAACAAAGAGGUGUGCUCUGUCCGCAGUGUAGAGCAGUUGUACAGUUUGCUGGAAGAAAUCAUUUUCUGCAUAACAUUGAGGAGGGCUUACUACAAGCUGAUCCUUCACUAAGACGUUCUGAUGAAGAAGUUGCAGUUUUAAAUUCCUAUGCAACUAUAAAAUCAAAUCUUGUCAUUAGGAGUGGGGAAAGACAAAAUAGAAAGAGGGCACGUUUUUUUAUGGAUGUGAGAAGUGACAGUGAAGAUGGUAAUGUGGACAUUGAUGGUGAGGAAAGUGAUGAUGCAGGGUCUCAUUGCCCACAAUGUGGCACUGAGAUUGGUGGAUUCCAGUGCAACCCUAACACCAUCCAUUUACAAUGUCAAGCUUGUGGAGGAAUGAUGCCUUCCAGGGCUGAUAUUAAUAUACCACAGCACUGUUUGGGCUGUGAUAGAGCAUUUUGCGGUGCAUACUGGCAAUCUCUAAGGCUUACUAGAAGUGACAUUCAGCUUGUAUGCAGUCAAGAAACAUUCAAACCGAUAGCAGAACGGACUAUAAGUAGAAUUCCAGUGCAGGCACAUGAAAUGAAUCAACAUGAACAAGAUAUCACAGAUAGGUGUAUCAGACAGGCAGGGAGGACCUUGCAGGAUGUUAUUGCAGAUUGGAUUAGAAAGCUGAACAAUAGAGAAAUUGAUAGAACAAGGCUGCAGCUGAAUCAUGCUGAGAUGAUAACAGCUGGGACGCAUCUUUGCAACAACUGUUAUGAAAAGUUGGUCGCUUUCCUUCUGUAUUGGUACAGGAUUUCAUUGCCCAAAUAUCUUUUGCCCUCAGAUGCCAAGCAAAGGGAAGAUUGCUGGUAUGGAUAUGCAUGUCGGACGCAGCACCAUAGUGAAGAACAUGCUCGUAAGAGAAAUCAUGUGUGUCGUCCAACUCGAGGCAACUCCUAGAAAUUAGUUUGUGAUUUCUACUAGGUGGAACUCAAGAUAUUUGGAGAUAAUUACGUUUAUAAUGGGUUCUUUCUCCUUGCUUAGUCUCGCCUCAUUUAGAGACCAUUGCGUUCAUUCUUUGCCUAUAAUACUUCUGGCUAAACAGUCUUAAUCAAAGACAGGGAAUCCUCAUUUUGAAGUUCUUGGUUUGUUGUGGCGGAGAAAAAAAAAUUAUUGGUUUGCU